AUGCAUCUUACAGCUUUGAGAGGGAUCCUGGUAGGAGGAGUGGCGAUAUUUGCCAAAGUUGCAGGUGCAAUGAAGGCAGCUGGUGGUGUAAAGCUUGGUGCAGCCGCUACAGCGGUGACCGCAGCUGCAACUGCAGCUGUGUCUGGAUCUAAGCAAGAUCAAAAGGGAGAUCCCUCCAAGGCACAACCACCACCUUCUUCUAAAUGA